AUGUCAACAUCAUCAGAGCAUCCCGUGCCCGUGCCCGUGCCUCCGCCCGGCCAGUGGCCUGUAGAUCCCCAAGAAGAUGUCCCCAUCUCCAAAGAGCGUAUCUGGAUAGACGGUUGUUUCGACUUUAGCCACCACGGCCAUGCAGGAGCUAUGCUCCAAGCCCGCAGACUGGGCCAGGAGCUGUACGUGGGCGUCCAUUCUGAUGAAGAGAUUCUCGAGAACAAGGGGCCUACCGUUAUGACCCUUGCUGAACGGGUCGCGGCAGUCGACGCAUGUCGCUGGGCGUCAAAGUCAAUCCCUCACGCCCCCUAUGUCACUCAGCUGCCCUGGAUUUCCCACUACGGAUGCUACUAUGUCGUUCACGGCGACGAUAUAACUUCCGACAGCAACGGGAAUGACUGUUACCGCUUCGUCAAGGCCGCUGGGCGGUUCCUGGUGGUGAAGCGUACCCCGGGAAUAUCUACAACGGACCUGGUGGGCAGGAUGUUGCUUUUCACCCGCACCCAUUUCAUCAAGUCCUUCCCGGCAUUCUUGAGAGGGGAUGAGGGUGUCGGCAGCCCCGAAGAGCGAAGGCAAGUUGCCAACGAGUCGCUCCAGAGAAUCAAAGACUAUGCAACCGAUGAAACCGGCUUCCUGCCCGGUCCUGAUGUCUGGACUUGGGAUGCAUCCGCUGCUGCAAAACUGGGACAUCGCAGCACUGAGUCUGGUAGCUUCCAACAUCUCGUUGAGGGCAAGGGCCCGAAAGCCGGCCAGCGGAUCGUCUACGUUGAUGGUGGUUUUGAUCUCUUUUCAUCUGGCCACAUCGAAUUCCUCCGCAGUGUACUUUCCAUAGAAACUGAGGAUGCCACUGAACGCGGCUGGUAUCUUCCAGAGAACGUUGAUAAACGAACCAAGCAAUAUGGAGAAGAUUAUGGUCCAGCUUACAUUGUGGCCGGCGUCCAUGACGACGAGGUCAUCAAUCACUGGAAGGGUCUGAAUUACCCCAUUAUGAAUAUAUUCGAGCGGGGACUUUGUGUCCUCCAGUGUCGAUUCGUCCACGCAGUGAUAUUCUGCGCGCCCUUUACGCCCAAUCUCGCCUACCUCGAAGAACUACCAUUUGGCAUGCCUGACGCAGUAUACCACGGCCCAACAACAUUCAUCCCCCUCACGUAUGAUCCGUACGUCGUGCCGACCAAACUCGGGAUUUUCAGACAAGUGGACUCCCAUCCCUUCCAACAUGUGAACGCCGGCGAGAUCGUGCAGCGGAUUUUGAAGAGCCGGGAAGCAUUCGAGGAAAGGCAACGCACUAAACUUUUGAAAGCUGCCAAGGAGGCAGAGUUUAGAGAGAAGGAGGCGCUGGAACAGCAACAGCAACAGCAGUAG